CCCACCCCCAAACAGAAAGAAGAUCCAUAACAAUUCAUCCAAACUAGUCAUCCCUGUUUUUUUUCCUGUUUCUGUUUCUGUUUCUGUUCCCCACCUCAACAAAAUCAGUUAUAAAUGGCCACUUUUAAUACUUUGUUUGCAGCACUACAAAACAAGGAACUGAGAGAGCUAUGCUCAAUUUUUGGGUAUGUGUCCCGACUUGAGGAGUUGUGGCACUCAGUCACCUCCAUCAAAGCCAUCCUCCUUGAUGCAGAGUUUAAGCACCAGGAACUGAGUCAACUCACUAAUCAAGAAGGCAUUGUUGACGACUGGGUUGACAAGCUCAAAGAUGCUGUUUAUGAUGCAGAUGAUUUGUUCGACGAGUUCACCACCAUUGCACAACAACUCAAAGGAAUGCCUGGUGGUAAGAUCUCCAAAAAGAUUGAAAAUGGAUGAUGGUAACAAAAAUUCUAGACAUGCUCGAUUCUUAAGAAAACAUAUACUUAAGCAAAGGAGAAAUCAAUGCGCAGGAAAACACAAUAAGAAGACGCUUCAAUAUUUCAGUCCAGGGACCUUUGUUAAGUCUUUUUAAUUUACAUUACUAAAGAGGAAUGUUUUAUGAAUCUAAUUAGGAAGACCUCUAAUGUGGCCGAAGAGACAUGCACUGGAGUUGGUUGCUCCGGUUGAUGAAGAUCACACUAAAGUAAAAAAAAUCCAAAAACUCUAUUGUUUUAGUUUUUUGGGCUCCUAGAAUUCAAGUAUUUGUACUACACUUGCACUGGACAAGGAUUCAUAGAUUUAAAGUUUCCAUGUUACAAUUCUGAGUUGGGUAUGCUAAAUGAAAGGAAA